CAGUCCAAAUCGGUGGCAUUUGCCGUGAGGACUAAUGUCAGUUACUGCGGAGCUCUGGAUGAAGAUGUUCCUGUGGCUGGUACCGGCAUCUCCUUCGAUGCCAAGGACUUCCUCCACAUCAAAGAGAAGUACAAUAACGACUGGUGGAUUGGCCGUCUGGUGAAGGAAGGCUGUGACAUUGGCUUCAUUCCGAGUCCGCUGAAGUUGGAGAACAUCAGAAUCCAGCAGGAGCAGAAGAGAGGACGUUUCCAUGGGUGAGUGCAGGAGGAGGAGGGGGGAAACAAAAAGAAAGAAAGAGGAGAUGAGGGUAGGGUUUCAUUGG